CGUUGAACGCACCCCUGUUCCUGUGUCGUUUCACCUCGAGAAAACUAGCAAAGAUAUAAAAGUCCUGGAAACACAGAAGCUGCUCCUGGACCUUGGAUCUCGGUAACAACACCCACAGAACCAGACGGACUCAAUACGGUGACCGUGAAGGCCACUGAAGUGCCAUCGUUCUGUUCGUGGAAACAGAUUGAGACGACUUGUGCGUGGUGACAAGGAGCGUUAUCAUGCUGGAUGCAGUCGUUAUACGGUGAUGAAUUGUGGUCAUAAAGGGAUGCACUGAGUCAGCAGCUAUACUGACUGGAUAACCGUGUGAAUGGACAGGUGUUCCUAAUAGUGUCUGCUGUUCUGGAUCAAGCUGAGAUCCCAAGAAUGAUCAGGAUACAAGAGUUUGAGAGUACAUCAUAGUCCCCAGCCAGAUGCCCUGAUAUUUCUCUGGAUUCAGCUCUGGUCACAUUAAGAUCACUGAUCAUGCCCUGAUCAUUAACCAUUACCUUCAUCUCUAUGUUCUGGUUCUGAUUGUUGCCAGUCAUCUGACUAAUCCUGAACUCAGACCUGGAGCUGAGGUCCACACAACACAUCCACCGAUUUAACUUUAACCCUAUCCUCUUAUUCCAUUCCACUGACCUUGGUGGUGGAAGCCAAUACAGCUGCUCGGCUACAGCAAUGGUCGGCUGUCUACCGCGAGGUAGGAGCAUGUCUCAGAGGCUCAGCAUUUUACUCCUACUCUUUGGCCUGGCCUGGUGCCUGCUGCUGGUGCACUACACCAUUACACAGCCACGGCAUCAAAGCAGCGCUGAACUCCGCCAACAGAUCCUGGAACUGAGUCAGCGCUAUGUCAAAGCUCUCAGCACAGAGAACCAGGAGCUCUCACACCCAUAUAACCCCUCAAUGGCUGGAUACGCUGAUCUGAAAAGGACCAUUGCUGUGCUGUUAGAUGACAUCUUGAACCGUUUGGUGAAGCUGGAGAACAGAUUGGAUGCUACAAUGAACACAUCAGUGCACAGCCCUUCUCACAUAACAGGGACUGUCAUGCACAGACCCACUAAACAGAACGAAUCAGGCACAAACGCUCACAGCAAUCAGCCACAGCCUCUGACGUAAUCCGGGCAGCACCACUGACACUGUGGUCGCACCACUGACACCAAGACUCAUUAUAUGCUUUGUGUGUGUGUGUGUGUGUGAGAGAGAGAGAGAUAUGAAAUUUGCAUACACUGUACAGAUCCAAAUGUUAUCAGCAAUGUUUUUAUUUGUUUUAUUUCUUUUUAAGAAAGCUUGCCAAAUUGCUUCAGAUGUAUCUAUCUGGACUGCUACUAAGCCCAAAAUGUUCUGAUCUCACGUCUUCUUUUUCUCACUCUUUUCAUGGGAAGCAAGUUGACACUGAUGCUCAUUUCUGAACUGCAAUACACAGCCAUUCUACGAGGAACCCGGUAACCCAGCUCCUGGGACACUGAUACACAAUUUGUAUUUCACUCAACCCCAAACACAACAAGUUUUUACAGCUAAUAAAGAGUCAUGUCCUGCAAAUUUGUAGUUUAGAAUUUGGGAGUGAAAAAUGUCUUCUUCCAACAGCCCUGUUUUUUUCAACAAAAACAGUUGAAUUUUAACGCUUUCCUGCAUCAUAAUGCUGAUGCAAGAUUGGCUCGUUGGAUAAUUGCACGAAUCAGAAGGGGCAGCGUUAUUCCUAUUAAAGUGGCCAUUGAGUGUGUCUGUGAAGUACUAAUAAGCACAUGCUAUUACAUAAACAGGAGGAUGUUUCCGGUCUGUCUGUGCACCUUGUUCAUGAGCUUUAGGGUAUCCAGUGCUGAAGUGUUCCUCAUGCCACGUGGUUGUCCGUGUAAUAAAACAAGUGCCAUUAUGAGUCA